GGCGCCGGCGCGCAUCGGUCUCUUGCCCUGUUGUCGACGGUCUGAGCUGUUGGUUGAGGUUCUUUUUCUUUUACGAAAUUUUUUUUCUCCCGACGGUGGCCCCACGUAAAUCAGGCAAGACGGCGCCCUCAUACGAACGCGAUAUGGAGGACUCUCAGGAGCCCGAACAGUUGAGGAAGCUCUUUAUAGGAGGUCUGAGCUUCGAGACUACAGAUGACAGCUUGCGAAACCACUUUGAACAAUGGGGUCGGCUGACUGACUGCGUGGUAAUGAGAGACCCAAACACAAAGCGCUCAAGGGGGUUUGGAUUUGUCACUUACUCAUGUGUUGCAGAGGUGGAUGGUGCAAUGGCUGCCAGGCCGCACAAGGUUGAUGGUCGUGUUGUGGAGCCAAAGCGUGCAGUGUCUAGAGAGGAUUCCACCAGGCCUGGAGCACACUUGACAGUGAAGAAAAUCUUUGUUGGUGGCAUCAAAGAAGACACAGAGGAGCACCACCUCCGAGACUACUUUGAGAAGUUUGGCAAGAUUGAAGUCACUGAGGUGAUGACAGAUCGCCAGAGUGGAAAGAAGAGGGGGUUUGCUUUCAUCACCUUUGAUGACCAUGAUGCAGUUGACAAGAUAGUAGUUCAAAAGUACCACACAGUGAAUGGACACAACUGCGAAGUGAGGAAGGCACUUUCGCGAGAGGAGAUGCAAAAUUCGGGCAUGAAUCAGAGAGGUCGAGGCAGUUCUGGGAACUUCGGUAGAGGCAGCUUCAGCAAUUCUGGAGGCAACUUUGGUGGCCGCGGUGGAGGAGGGAACUUCAACAGCCGAGGUGGCUUCGGCGGUUCAAGAGGAGGUGGCGGAUAUGGGGGCUGUGGUGAUGGAUACAAUGGAUUCGGUGAUGGUGGUGGCUAUGGUGGAGGUGGCUACGGCGGAGGUGGCAGAGGUGGCCCUGGAUAUGGUGGCAGCCCCAGCUACGGCAACCAGGGUGGAGGUGGUGGCGGCGGCUAUGGCAGCGGAGGUGGUGGAGGUGGCGGCGGCUACGAUGGCUACAAUGGUGGAUUUGGUGGUGGAAACUUUGGAGGUGGCGGUGGUGGCAACUACAAUGACUUUGGUAAUUACCCCAACCAGUCCUCGAAUUACGGCCCUAUGAAGGGAGGUGGAGGCGGAGGUUAUGGAGGCAGGAGCUCAGGUGGCCCUUACGGAGGUAAUUACAGUGGCUCCAGUGGUGGAGGCUCCUUUGGCCGGAGGUUCUAGUUUUAUGUUGCAGGAAUACAGUACUUAGCAGGAGAGGAUGAGCCAGGAGUUGUGACAGGGAGAGAGCCAGCAGGUUACUACAAUACAAAUCUCAGCCAAGCGCAGGGUACAACUGCUUCCGGAAGAAAAUGUCCUUUUUUUUUAGUCAGAAAAGUCAGUGUUUGAUCUCAUGAACUUUAAAAAAAAAAGAAUUAAACCCAUGUGCAUGGAUAUCUGCUUAAGGACUGUGAUAUUUUGAUAAACUGUUGAACAGGUUAUUUUAUAGUGAAUUUUUUCCCUUUCCUAUUCCCUUCUGGAAGUGUACAACAAACAUUCCAGUGAGUCUUUGCUAGACAAACUUUUGAUUUUAUUGCUCCAGUUUUCAAGUGAUAUAUUAAAUGUAUUAGUUGUGAUCAUGACUUAAGAAUAAAAAAAAUUCCAUUUACUAGU